UGGGCAACUCUCUAUAAUCGAAAAGGCUUCCCACAUUGUACUGAGAGAGCUCUAGUUUCUUUUCUAAACAACCAGGCUGCUGCCAUAUAUAAUUCUUACAAAACAACUAGUGGUCUUUGACUGAUUCAUUUCAUUAAGGUUUACGAACUCAAAGCCAGUCUUUUACUAAAAUUCAUUUAAGAAAAUCAAGAUGGUAUCUGACUUUUCUGCUAUAGAAACCCAAAUGACCCAUGUCAUAGAAAAGCAAGCUGAAACAUAGUAAUCCUAACCCCCUUGGCAUGAGCUUUCGUAUGAAUCCUCGUGCUAACCCCAAUACACGACCAGAAACUAGAUGCUUAUUUCUGGAUACUCUGGCUACUCUAUCUCUACUUACACCUCUACAUCUCUGUCUAUGGGAUCCUUGCCUUGUCCAACAACAAGUACCACCUGGUGUAUUUCCACCCAUUCACUUAUAUCAUGUACUUUUUCCACCUGCCCUUCUACUGCUGAAUCACCAAAACCAAAGCAAACCCUAAACAAGACCUGAACGAAAGCGUCAGUACAAACUACAGUAUCGAAGGAUACGACAUCGAAGGAUUUGCAGAAGUCAAGCCCAAGAUGGAUGAAAAUAUCUUCGAAAUUUAUGAUAGAUUAACCAUUCAUGAUCAGUUGACUAGAGCAAAAAGCUUUAGAAAGACAUUUAUCCUUAAGCCGAUGGCUCAGAAGACGAAGCAAUUACUCCCUGAUGAUGUUCCUUCUGUUGAGAGCGAAAUUUCAAGAAUUUCUGAGGAAUCGAAGGUUGAGCUUUGUCCUGUUUGUAAAGAAUCCAUGGAAGAAAACCAACACAUUGUGACAUCAGCAUGUGCCCAUCAAUUCCAUUUCAAGUGUAUGAUGAAUGAAAUGCGCACCAAGAGAAUCUGCCCUGUCUGUGAAGAAAAAUUGAGGCCAAAGUAAAUGAGU